UCACAGUCAUAUUUAUUGUCUCAGAGAGGUGACUUCAUUUUCAACACAUUUGUAAUAGAUUCCAUUGGAAAGGUUUAAGCAAUAGCCUACCCUGCAAAGCACUCCAGUCAUAAUUUACUGUUUGAAAUAAACGGAUAAGGGCUGGUAACACUGAAGGGUUUUACCCCCCAAACAUGCAAAAGAGCAGGGUUGUAUCAAGCCAUUAAAGGUUCGUUUUUUUUCUUUUAAUACAGUUCAUUCACUCUCCAAAUAUUUACUGAGCACCACUAAAUGCUUCGGACCUAUGAAUGCACAAUAUAGGCCAAAGAUUCCUGCUGCCACAUCCUUAGGGUGGUAAUAGGGUAAGGGACAGACUGAACAAUAAAAAACAGAACAAAACAAAACCUAGGAUUCACUCCAUGAAAAUGAAGUACUUUUCCAAGUUGAGCUGGUAAAUUGAGUUGUGAGGAAAGAAUAUUUACAACCAGGGCCCAGAAUAGAUUUAACCGACAGAAGCCUGGUUUGCAAAUACAACUUUUAAAUUCUUUAAGGUGGUCAACGUUUCUAAACAAAUCACAGGUUUAGGCCUCAAGGAAGAAGUGCAGCUCAGAUCAGUAGUAACAGAAAAUGUGCUAAGGCUCGUAUUUGGAAUUCUGUUCAAAUAAUGCGACUCGCCUAUUUAUAAUCUUGAUUUACAGUUUUGGCGGACCCAGCUAUGGAGGUCUGUGUUCCCAGCCCGGCGCGAGAUCCUUGUUGCAGAAAACUUCACUGCUCCGUGUUAUUUUUUACGCUUCUGCCCACGUUCACCUGACUUUAACAACAGCCCGGACAGCCGCAGCGGCGUGAACUCUGAGUUGAUCAGACACCACUCAGAAAAGGGAUUUAGAUCGGGACCAUGUUCUCAACUAAGCGCGCCUGGCACAUUUAAUAGCCAAGCAAAAGCGACACUUCUUAGUUUCCAGUUAGGCGUCCACGAGGAAGAAACGCGGCGCUUCCGGGGGAGGGAGCCCCGAGUCUAGAAUCGCAGCCGCCUCCUGCCUCCCCAGGGUCUUUUCCUCAGCGUGAGACACUUUUUAUUUUUGGCUUAGUUUGAGCCGGCACCACAGAAAGAAUGGCUAGCUUCAGUACAAAGCGGGGGCGAAGAUGGGGUAUGAAUCCCCUCUAAAAGAAGCAAAGACGCCAGCGAAGCAAACCCUUCACUCCCAUCUGCUCCGGGCCUAGCCAAACACCAGCCCCCCUUUCACAGGCUCCCAGGGCUAAGGAGAAGCCACGGACUGGCGGGCGGGCGGGCAGGCGGAGCCGCCAAUCAUCGCGCGAGAUUUUACGUCUGUAGCCACGAGACUUCCCAGAAAGCCGCGGGCAACAUCUUUAUAGCGGCCAGGGAGCCGGUUUAGAGCGGAAGGAUGGGCGGGGCUUGUCCCGAUAUUUAGCGGCCCCAAUGCCACGCCCCAAUCGGAAGUGACGGAGACGAGCUAGCGCGUCGAAGGUACCUCUAUGGUUUUCCUCUCGUUCUCGAGUCGGGAAAUGGCCGCUGUGUAGUUACAACGGAGAUAAGUCCCGGGAACCGUGCUUUGGCGUGUCAGGAAUUUGAAUUUAGAGUUUAAUUUCCCAGAACAUUAUCUUCAGGAAGGAUUUUACAGUUUCUCAAGGACUUCACGACUUCUUGAUUCUGCACAAACUCAAGGAGAAGGGAAAUGGGUCGCUCGAAUUCUAGAUCACAUUCUUCAAGAUCAAAGUCUAGAUCACAGUCUAGUUCUCGAUCAAGAUCAAGAUCACAUUCUAGAAAGAAGCGAUACAGUUCUAGGUCUCGUUCCAGAACAUAUUCAAGGUCUCGUAGUAGAGAUCGUAUGUAUUCUAGAGAUUAUCGUCGAGAUUACAGAAACAAUAGAGGAAUGAGACGACCUUAUGGGUACAGAGGAAGAGGUAGGGGGUAUUAUCAAGGAGGAGGAGGUAGAUAUCAUCGAGGUGGUUAUAGACCUGUCUGGAAUAGAAGGCAUUCUAGGAGUCCUAGACGAGGUCGUUCACGUUCCCGAAGUCCAAAAAGAAGAUCCGUUUCUUCUCAAAGAUCCCGAAGCAGAUCUCGCCGGUCAUAUAGAUCCUCUAGGUCUCCGAGAUCGUCUUCUUCUCGUUCUUCAUCACCAUAUAGCAAAUCUCCUGUCUCUAAAAGACGAGGGUCUCAGGAAAAACAAACCAAAAAAGCUGAAGGGGAAGCCCAAGAAGAGAGUCCUUUGAAAAGUAAAUCACAGGAGGAACAGAAAGAUACAUUUGAACAUGAUCCAUCUGAAUCUAUUGAUGAGUUUAAUAAGUCAUCAGCCACAUCUGGUGAUAUUUGGCCUGGCCUUUCAGCUUAUGAUAAUAGUCCCAGAUCACCACAUAGUCCUUCACCUAUUGCUACACCACCGAGUCAGAGUUCAUCUUGCUCUGAUGCCCCUAUGCUCAGUACAGUACACUCUGCAAAAAAUACCCCCUCUCAGCAUUCACAUUCCAUUCAGCAUAGUCCUGAAAGGUCUGGGUCUGGUUCUGUUGGAAAUGGAUCUAGCCGAUAUAGUCCUUCUCAGAAUAGUCCAAUUCAUCACAUCCCUUCACGAAGAAGUCCUGCAAAGACAAUCACACCACAGAAUGCGCCAAGAGACGAGGGACGGGGACGUUCAUCAUUUUAUCCUGAUGGUGGAGAUCAGGAAACUGCAAAGACUGGAAAGUUCUUAAAAAGGUUCACAGAUGAAGAGUCUAGAGUAUUCCUUCUUGAUAGGGGUAAUACCAGGGAUAAAGAGGCUCCAAAGGAGAAAGGAUCAGAGAAAGGGAGGGCAGAGGGAGAAUGGGAAGAUCAGGAAGCUCUAGAUUACUUCAGUGAUAAAGAGUCUGGAAAACAAAAGUUUAAUGAUUCAGAAGGGGAAGACACAGAGGAGACAGAGGAUUAUAGACAGUUCAGGAAGUCAGUUCUCGCAGAUCAGGGUAAAAGUUUUGCUACUGCAUCUCAUCGGAAUACAGAGGAGGAAGGACUCAAGUACAAGUCAAAAGUUUCACUGAAAGGCAAUAGAGAAAGUGAUGGAUUUAGAGAAGAAAAAAAUUACAAACUUAAAGAGACUGGAUAUGUCGUGGAAAGGCCUAGCACUACAAAAGAUAAGCACAAGGAGGAAGACAAAAGUUCUGAAAGAAUAACAGUAAAGAAAGAAACUCAGUCACCUGAGCAGGUAAAGUCUGAAAAGCUCAAAGACCUCUUUGAUUACAGUCCCCCUCUACAUAAGAAUCUGGAUGCACGAGAAAAGUCUACCUUCAGAGAGGAGAGCCCACUUAGGAUCAAAAUGAUAGCUAGUGAUUCUCAUCGUCCUGAAGUCAAACUCAAAAUGGCACCUGUUCCUCUAGAUGAUUCUAACAGACCUGCUUCCUUGACUAAAGACAGGCUACUUGCUAGUACACUUGUUCAUUCUGUCAAGAAGGAGCAAGAAUUCCGAUCCAUCUUUGACCACAUUAAGUUGCCACAGGCCAGCAAAAGCACUUCAGAGUCAUUUAUUCAACACAUUGUGUCCUUGGUUCAUCAUGUAAAAGAGCAAUACUUCAAAUCGUCUGCAAUGACCCUAAACGAGCGGUUCACCUCGUAUCAGAAAGCCAGUGAAGAACAUAGUACCCGGCAAAAGAGUCCUGAGAUACACAGGAGAAUUGACAUCUCUCCAAGCGCCCUGAGGAAGCAUACCCGUUUAGCAGGGGAAGAGAGAGUUUUUAAAGAAGAAAAUCAAAAGGGAGAUAAAAAAUUAAGGUGUGAUUCUGCUGAUCUUCGGCAUGACAUUGAUCGCCGUAGAAAAGAAAGAAGUAAAGAACGGGGGGAUUCCAAGGGCUCCAGGGAAUCCAGUGGAUCAAGAAAGCAAGAAAAAACUCCAAAAGAUUACAAGGAAUACAAAUCUUACAAAGAUGACAGUAAACAUAAAAGUAGAGAGCAAGAUCAUUCUCGAUCUUCAUCCUCUUCAGCAUCACCGUCUUCUCCCAGUUCUCGAGAAGAAAAGGAGAGUAAGAAGGAAAGAGAAGAAGAAUUUAAAACGCACCAUGAACUGAAAGAAUAUUCAGGCUUUACAGGAGUUAGCCGACCACGAGGAACGUUUUUUCGAAUUAGAGGCAGAGGAAGAGCCAGAGGAGUUUUUGCUGGGACAAAUACUGGUCCAAACAACUCAAAUACUACUUUUCAAAAGAGACCGAAGGAAGAGGAAUGGGAUCCAGAAUAUACCCCAAAGAGCAAGAAGUACUUCUUGCAUGAUGACAGAGAUGAUGGUGUGGAUUAUUGGGCCAAAAGAGGAAGAGGUCGUGGUACUUUUCAACGUGGCAGAGGGCGCUUUAACUUCAAAAAAUCAGGUAGCAGUCCAAAGUGGACUCAUGACAAAUACCAAGGGGAUGGGAUUGUUGAAGAUGAGGAAGAGACCUUGGAAAAUAAUGAAGAAAAGAAGGACAGACGCAAGGAAGAAAAGGAAUAGUAAAUACGAAGUAAGAUUGCAACAGAGAGCAGAACUUGCACCCACCAUUUUUUUUUUUUUUUUACCUGAUUUUUGUUUUCAAAUAAGAAUGUAAGCAUUUUACUUAAAUUUUACCGUUUGCAAGUAGUCUAUAGAAAUUUUGUUUUAAGUCUUCAAAUAUCUUGAGAAAUAGUAGACUGUUGAAAAUUGUACUGAAAUAAAGUAGAAAUUGUUAAGUACCAUAUUUGUAACUAUCAACUUUUAAAAACUUUUACUGUUUUUGUUACACGCAUUGUAAUUCUGCUUUGUCUAUAAGAUAUGGUCAAGUACAGCUCUGUGAAAGUUCUGAUUCUCUUUCUUCCCUGUUUGUUAAUGUUCUAUUCUGAAGUAAACGUUAGCUCUACAUACAAAUCCCUGAACAGAAAUUGUUUAUAGAGUCCACACUAAUUGUUUUAACUAUAUACACUUGCCUAAUUCAAACACACUACAUUGUAGGGUGACUAAUUUUUGAAGUAUACCAGGAAGUUGUUACUUGGGUAAACUACACCAGUUUAACAACUUGAACAAAUGUUUAAAAAGGAAAAACUUCGCCAACAGCUAAAAAAUACAAGCUAUUAAAAAUUAGGUUGAAAACUUUGAGAAAAUGUUAGUUAUUUUUACUGAAAGUAAGCAGUGGCCUAUAAAAAAUAUUCUUGGAAGCCUUUCCUAUUUGGGUUCAGUAUUAAGUGUUCUUUUCCUAUUCUUAUUUGAUAAUUUGAGUCAUGGUCUUAGAGUUCAUCUAUUUGAAAGCGGAAACUGGUUUGUAGUAAUACUGCAAAAAAAUCCCAAUCCUAUCAGUUGUCUUUAACGAAAAAACAAAACAGAACAGAAUUUGUAAUCCUGGCAUUUGUGUGGAGGAGGAUAAUCAAUCCUGCAGAAUAAGUUAAUAUUUUAAUACCUGAUUUCAUAUCUUACAUAUUUAUUUAGCUUUUAGACAGCUGAAACAUUAGUUUGUAGUGUAACCCUAAGGAAAAACAGACAAAUGCAACAUGCUGUUCAUUAAUAGUAUUUUAAGUAAUAUUUUUCACACGUCACCAAUAAAAAGUUGUGGCAGGAAGCUUAUUGCAGCAUUGAUCUAACUUGGUUUUAACUUUUUUCGCUAUCGAAGUUGCAGUUUGUAAAAUGCCUUUUUCUUUUUCUUGCCAAGGGUUUAUUUUUCAACUGAUAAUCUUUCAAAUGUGAAUAACCUUCAAUGUUUAUUUUGGUUAACUCUUAAAGGAAUGAAAAUCUGAAAUAGUAAAUUUCAGUGUUAAUUUUGUCUGCUUUAUGGGCAUAUGUAAAAUUAGCCAUAUUUCAUUUGUAAAUUCAGCAACUGAUUAGUUGUGUGUUUGCAUUAAAAGAUAAUGUUUAUUCUGUUAAUGUAAACUUUUGAAGAUCUUUAGUGUAUGGCUCUUUUAUCUUUACUUUUGGUGAUUUGCCCUGCAUCUCUGCACCUUGAUUUACAUGCAGCGAGGGACAUUUGUUAAAGAGCUAUUAGAAACAAAACUAAAAUCAAACUCAGCAUAUGUGAUUUUAUGGCCCUAAGGUUCUUAGUAUUGCGUGAUUUACUCCAUUAAGUUUGUCUUUCUAAAAUUGUUAAGAGGAAAUACCUGCCAAAGCAAUUAAUCAGGACAUAAUGUUACCCUAUUUAGAAUAAUACUUUCAUGUAAAAACAACAUGGAUGUGAUCCCCAACACAGAAUUUUGUAGCCAUUUUAUUUUAUAUAAAUAAAUAUAAACUGGUUAUUUGGUUAGACAUUAAAUCUUUGUGCAUGACUAUAAAUGUGGAGUUUUAUUUAUCCACUUAAGACAAUAGGAAAGGGAGGAUUUGCUGAGAAAUUAUUUAAUAGGGAGUGGGAAUAAAGCAACUUAAUUCCUAGAGGCAGGUUCCGUGUUGACAAGUACCAAUGCAUUGCUUUAACUUCUGAUUAGUUUUAUUCUCUUGAACAAAAUUAAAGAGAGUAUCAUACCAUGCUAUAUCCUGGUAGGCCAGGGUGGUUGAGAACUCCACAAUGGAAUGCCAUUUUGGAUGUUACCUUUUUCGAAGGCAAGCAUAUAAAAAGUAGCCUGUGUAUUUUUUUAAACCACAAUUUAACUUCACACUUUAUGACAUGUUAUAAAGGCUGAAUGGUUCCUCUUAGUAAGGAUAUUUGUUUACAAGUGCCAGGAAAUAACUCUUUGAUAAGGUACAUUAACAGACUAGAGAAAGGAAAUAAAAAUGAACCAAAGGAUAUUUCUAGAAAGAAUUAAGAAAGCUAUUUAAGAAGGCCAUGACUCAGUUUUUGGCAUGUAUGUAUACUUUUUAACAUCCUAGGAGUUUUUAAAUUAAAAGCAAAAUACGUUUUUCCAGUUACAGUUUACUUUAAGGAAUUACUGUUGUUCCCUUUUCAUAGGUAAAAUCACUGUUGGGAAUUACAAUUUGAGAAAAAAUAUCCAAUAAGAAUGAAUGUAGAUGGCUAAACGAUUCUUACUCAGUGUAAUGUAUAAUGCAACAGGGACCCUUGUAAAUUGUCAUGCCAAUAAAAUGUCAUAAGUGGUAA